GGCGCGCUCCUGGGCGCGAGGUAGAAGGCUGUGGAGGCGGGCGUUUGGGAAGAGUGCUCGGAAAACAAAACCCCAGGCACCUUCCACCCAACCUUUUGAGGUCCUCUUUGAAGUAUAUCUUGUGUCAAAGAUCGUCUUGGCAGUGGCAUAUUUUAUACCCCUAUGCAGUGGUCUAGAGCCAAACAGACAAUAUCAGGGUAUCAAGACAAUUAAAUGGGAGAAAGAAUAGUCAACCUAGUGCUACUGGGACAACUGGAUAUCUGCAUACAAAAGACUACACCCCUGUGAAACUGUGCCCUUGCCACACAACCCUUACAAAACUAAACUCAAAAUGGAUGAAAGGUUUUGAACAACUUGGGAGAAUUGGAGAAUGUUAAAAUAUUUUCAGAAGCGUGCAACCUCCCUGUGAUAAGAAGAUAUUCUGCCAUGGCAUGGGAGUGUUCCUCUAUGUUUUUAGAAGAUUUCCUAUUUCAGAGGAUUUGAAGGUUGGAUUUUUCAACACAGACCAUGCUACUCAAACGGAUUCUAGUGAAAUUUUGCCUCUAAAAGAGUUGAGUUCAUCAACACAAAAACUAGUACAGACUGUUAAAUCCCUUCAGGUGGAUUUCGGGUUUCUCAAACAAUCACUUCAAUUGAAGUUUGAGGAUCGACUUAAACAGGAGUCUUUCAGUCUCUUCACUGUUCUACAGGAUAGGAUCCAGUCGAUUGAAAAACGUUAUCAACAGAAUGAGGAAGUCAUAAGAAAAUGCUACAAUCAACAGCUAGCUGAUGCCAUAGCUGUUAUCCGAGGAAUAUACAAGGACUCUCUUGGGACCACAGAGAUCAGCCCUCCAAAAUAUGCUGUAGGACAGAGGAGUUUGGAGUACAAACAAGAAAAUGAGACACUGCUUCAAACAAUUUCAGAACUCAGAGAAGAAAUCCAACUCUAUCUAAAAGAAAACUCAGAAUUAGAAGAUGAAAUUAUAAGUCUGAAAGAGAAGGCAGAUAAGGAUCAUCUGAUUAUUCAAAAGUUAAUUAAUGCCAGAGACAGAUUAACAUAUGAGCUUGAAUUUGAAAAAUCAUCAAUGCAAGAUUUGGUUGGUAAACAGAAAGAGGACUUAGAAACAAGAAGAGCGUUUGACAGCCUAAUCAUUAAGUCUCAGAAAUUAUCCAAGGGGGAAGAAACUUCUUGGUCCCCAAUGUUCUCAGUAACCAAGAUGGCAUCCAAGGGUGAAGACAUUUCAGGACGAGCUUCCAUCACCACCCCUGCUGUCACCACCCCUGCCGUCACCACUCCAGCCGUCACCACUCCAGCCAUCACCACUCCAGCCAUCACCACUCUAGCCAUCACCACUCCAGCCAUCACCACUCCAGCCAUCACCACUCCAGCCAUCACCAUUCCAGCCAUCACCAUUCCAGCCAUCACCAUGCCAGCCAUCACCACUCCGGCCAUCACCACUCCAGCCAUCACCACUCCUGCCAUCACCACUCCUGCCAUCACCACUCCUGCCAGCACCACUCCUGCCAUCACCACUCCGGCAAUCACCAGUUCUGCCGUCACCACUCCCGCCGUCACCAUUUCUGCCAUCACUUCGCCAGUGUUCAUUAAGACCAAAAGAGUUAGGACUCCGAAGAAGCGGUUACAAAGGCAAGAGCAGCGACUUGUGGGAAGCUAUAGAAGCCCCGUUCCGAUGAAAGAAGAAAAGAGUGUAUAUAUAUCAGUACCUCAGCCUGAAGAACACAGUGAUUUGAAGAAGCAAAUAGAAACAUUAAAAGAUAAGUUAGAUACUGAGAAAAAAAAGGCAGAAAGGUUUAGGAAGGAAUCAGAACGAAUUAACAAACUCUGGGAAAGGAAAUUCUAUAUUCUCAGGAACAGCUUUUAUGUUCUUAAAAAUGAGAUGUUUACUAGGCACACAUUGUACCGCCAGUUUGCAAUACUUGCUGAGACAUCCUUCAAUUAUCCUAAGGCAAAACCUUUAGUUGUGCAGUCCAAAACAAAUUUGGCAGACACUGGUUCUUCUGGGAAUGAAUAUUCUACAACUUUGGUUGACCAAAAGUACAUGGACAUAAUCAAUGAACAGCUGUACUUUCCACCUUCAGAAAAAUUGAAAACGGUCGAGAAACAUUCGCCGAAGAACAUGCUGGUACCCCGGAGCUCCGCAGGGACUGACGAGGAUGGCACUCAUUAACCGGGAACACUGAGCUGCGCCCCGCGGGACCACAGAAGGAGGGCCCUCACCAACUGGGCGCGAAGCCCGCCUCUCUGGCACGGGUACGAUCUUCUACUAGGCAUUUCUCAUACAACUGUUGGGCCUCACUGGGUGAUGUAUAGUAACUGGAGCAGCGCACUUGAGAAACUCGAGGCGCGCCCUUGGGGCGCAUCUUUCCGAGCCCUUAACUGCUGGCGCGCAGACCGAGGGGCCGCCAGAUCCAUCCUCGCACUUCCUCAACUCGGUGGUGUGCCCCAGCGCAGACGGUUCCAGAAGGGACGAACUUCAAUUAAAAAUUUUGA